AUGGCCACGCUCGAGAAUAACAACGAGACGACCCAGCUCAACGGCUCCGGCUCACCGCUUCAUCAGCAAAACGAGAACAAUGAUGAGAAUGUUGACUCUCCAACCAACGGGGCCAAGCGUCAGGUUGAUGAAGAGUCAUCGCAGGAUGGCUCUGCGACAAAGCGAGUGCGCACUGGCGAUGCUGAUGACCAGCCAUUCUUGGUUAAUGAAGACUUCGAGGUAGAGGAAAUUUCGCCGCCUGUCUUCUAUCACAUGGGAAAUCCCUUCAACCACAGCAAUACCGAGCAGUCGAAAGCCCAGUCCAAUAGUCCAAUUGAAGCCAUAUUGGAGGUUGAGGACAAUGAUGACGACGUAAUCGAAGUUGUGCCUGAAGAUGGCGUCCUCGGCAGCUUUUCCUCGUCUGUUAAGACCAUCAAGCCGGAAUUCAAGCCUGCCCAGUCCAAGAACAACACCGCUAAAGAGGUCACCGGCGAUGACGACGACGUCGUGAUCAUCGACAGCCCAGUGGCGAGCCACAUGGCCCCGAACGUCCACAAACAGACUGUUGAAAGCAAACAUCCUGUCCAAGACGUCGCCGCUUCCAACCAGGAAACUCUAAACUACGCCAUGGCAAAGGACGCGCUUGGAGUGCUUGCGGACUGCACCGCAAUCCGCUUCGUGCUCUCGCACGCCCCCAAUGUGGUGAACCCGAACUCGUGGGAAAAGGCUCGGGACAUCCUCACCAAGGUGCCGCCCGCGCGGGACGACUAUGACAUAUUCAAACGUCUGCUUUUCACAUGGUACACGGACCGGUCUGACCCGACAAAAGAAGCCGUGGCUGAGAGUCCAGCCGAGGAGGUUGUCGAGGAUGAGGAGGAGCCCGAGCCCGAGCAGCCCGAGGAGGACUUGGCCGACAAGGUCUUCGAGCCCUACGUGGCCAUGAUAAAGCAGCUGUAUGAGCAAGUGGAAAAGUCAAAGAGCGAAAUGCGCGAGGACAAGAAGUUUGCUGCCGUGAACGAGGAUACCCAGUUUUUGAAGAAGCUGGCAGACAAGCUGCAGGAUCUCUGGGUUCGGCUCUUGUCUUCGACAGACGAGAAGACCCUGAAAUUCUCGCGCAGGGUCAUCGCAGAGGAGCUGCAAGAAGAGAUUGACCAGGUUCUCGACCACCUCGACUACAAGAAGCAGAGGGACGCAGAUGCUGAGGCAGAAGCAGCGGCUGAGGCAGAGGCCACUGCAGCUGCUGCCAUUGCUGAAACUGCCAAUGGUCCGCGUGUGGGAUUUUCUGAGCCUGCUACCAGCAAGGCCGAUAUAGAGAUCUCGCUAACCAAUGUAGAUUGGGAGAAGAACCAGAAAGACGAUGCCGACUUCGAUGGUGCUGUGGGUGACGAUGCUAACGGUCAGAACCAAGGCUCACCAACCGAUGAGAAUACCACAUCACCACGCAGCGUCCAUGAGAUUGACACCCCUCAUAGCUCUUAG